AGAGUGAUCUCCUUCAUCCGUGUCUGUAGUUCAGACAGAAAGACUCAUGCCUGGGAUUACAGCCUCCGUGAUGUGAAAAGUGAAAGCGUUAACACUGCAUGUCAAGACGAAGCCGACAAAGUACAUUGAUGCCCAAGGCAAAAACAUCAUCAUCAUCAUCUUCCAUAUUUGCACAGUCACAGCUUCAUGCAUCUGUCACUUUAAACAGUAUAUUUUUCAUAUAAGCAGGAGAAAACCGCAACAUGGAUCUGUUUUGCUUGGAAAACGAGACAAACAGAAGAGCGCCAAAAGAUCCAAACAUUUUCUGCGAUGAAAGAGUCUUGCAAAGUCUUUUAACAGUGGAGGACAGAUAUGUACCACAGAGACCCUUUUUUAAUUGUGUUCAAACGGAUAUUCAACCUUUAAUGAGGCGAGUGCUCGCAACGUGGAUGCUGGAGGUUUGUGAAGAGGAGAAAUGUGAAGAAGAUGUCUUUCCCUUGGCGAUGAACUACCUGGACAGAUUUUUAGCCGCCGUUCCUAUGAGAAAAUGUUACUUGCAGCUAUUAGGAGCUGUGUGUCUUUUCCUUGCUUCAAAAUUAAAAGCUUGUCGUCCAUUGUCAACCAGAAAGCUCUGCAUGUACACAGACAACUCCAUAACAUGUCAGCAACUGCUGGAGUGGGAAUUGGUGGUGCUGAGUAAAUUGAAAUGGAACAUGGCUGCCAUCACCCCUCUUGACUUCAUCGAACACAUUCUGCACAAACUUCCCUUUCCCGAAGACAGACUGACACUUAUUCGCAAACAUGCGCACACCUUCAUCGCCCUCUGUGCAACAGAUCACAGCUUCACCAUCUAUCCUCCAUCCAUGAUUGCAACUGGAAGUGUGGGGGCAGCGGUGUGUGGCCUCCAGACUGAUAAGAAUGACCAAAGUCUUUGGGGAUAUGAUCUGAUGGAGCUAUUGGCUAAAAUCACCAACACUGAGGUGGAAUAUCUAAAGUCAUGUCAAGAGCAGAUGGAGCAGUUGCUGGUCAAUAGCCUCAAAGAAAGUCAACACCCAGAAAACCUAGAGGGCCGGUCCACCAGCAAAGCCACAGACUCUCAGAACCUCUCCUGCACCCCCACAGAUGUGCGUGAUGUCAACUUAUGAUGUCAGUUCCUGUUCCUGUCCACCACACCUCCUCAUUUUACAAAUAACAGUUUUAUUUCACUGUAUUUAAGAUUUAUUGGAAAACCACAUUAGACUAACAGAAAAAGGCGGAAAAGAGCUGCAGUCGCCUUCAAUUUGUAGACGGUGCAAUUUAAUAUACUUGAAUUUAAGUGAACUAUAUUUAAAAAAUACUAUAAGUUAUUCAGUAGUGAGCAUACACUUGUAUUGGUUAGUAUACAAUAAACAAUAGAAUAUCCUAAUUAUAAUAAAGUAGUAAAACCUAUUACAAUAGCUUUAGUAUAUAAAAUGAUGUAUUAUUUACAGUGGCUGUUUAUCUUCUCCACUGGGUAUUACCGGGUGCAUUCAGAAGCUAGUUUAAAUUGAUAUGGACAAACUAAGACAUCUAUUAGUCCAUGAUCAAUUUUCUUAUCACACUGUAGGCAUUAAACAACUCAGAGUAGCAAAUGAUCAUAGGUGAGGUAAAUACGACGGACUGAAAUACUGAAUAGAGAAAUACAGUGGUGAUUUUAAUACAUUGAUCAGUUUUAGUUCAUGCAUGCUCAUCCCAAUUUUAUGAGCACACAGGAGAAUUUCAGAUGGAUCAAGUAUGUAGUGAAGGCGAUGAAGAUUUAUGCAAGGAUGAAAGUAGUGGGUAGCUAUCCCUGCAGCUCCUGGGGAGCAACAGGGGUUAAUUCUGUGAGUCUCUCUUACCACUAGGCUACGACUGCCCCUGAACAGAGGAUGAAAGGAUGAAAAUAAAGGAUAAUAAAGGAUGAAAAGAUUGUGUAUGUGAUAGAAAAAUGUCAGGACAAAAAUGAUUUAGUGUGGGAAAUGACUGAUGAAAAAGUUUUGGGGAAGUUGUUUUGUUUUUAUUUAGACUGUGCUGAAGAAGUUUGGUGCCAUUUGCUCACAACACAUGACUUCAAUUUGAUCAUGCAUGCAACUGAAACACUCGCUAUAAUGCUGGAGGAUUUAUGUCAGUUUGAGAGUUUUGAAAACCUUCUUUAGUAAAAACAUGACACGGAUGCACUUUCAGAACUCUCCUCCAAUCAGUUUACCAUGAGGAGGACAAAUGAUUUCUAAGGGGUUUUAUUUUUGUUAUUUUUAAGUUAUUUUUUGUUUGGGGCUGGUUUCCCAUAUUAGGCGUGCUUUUGUGGGUUAUAUUUCUAAAUUUAGACCAAAAAACUGAUCUGACUGUCAACUUUCACACAAAUGAUGAGAUUUGACGUGAACAUGAUUAGUUGUGUUCUUUAGUUGUGUUGAAUUCAUGUUAGCAUAGAUAGACAUCAAAAAUUUAUAUCACUUUAUUUUAUUACUUUAUCCAUCAUCUACUUGAAUAUUUUUUCAUAUUAUAUAUAGAAACUAAUAUUAUCAAACAUUAUGCCAAUUUCCUUGCUUUUCUUUAUUCGUUGAUUUUUGCACUUUUCAAAAAAAAGAUCAGUUCAUUUUUUUAAUAACUUGUUUUAGUAUUUACUGAACAUAUAAAUGUUUUGUUCUUUGACACCAUUGUGCCAUUCAAACACAACUAUGCAAAUGAACUUCAGGUUUGUCCUCAAAGUUUCUAUAUUUCAAAAUACGGUAACAUGUUUGUUUAUCUUCACACAUUUAGCUUUUCAUUCAUUGAGUUUUGUGUGCUAUCAUAGCCUUUAGUUUGUUUCGUUCUUUGUUUUUAUGUAAACAUUUUUAUAACUUGUGUUCCAGUGCUGCUAAAAGAAAAACGUUUAAAAAAAUGAAGCUAUCGUAUACCUUGUUGCUGCUAUAUCCUAAAUUGUUUUAUGUGUUUUCAUGGUGGCUGUUUUCGUGUCUUUUUUUUUCUUGAAUUUACACUGUCAUUUAUUUUCUGCAACAAAACAUCAGGCCUAAAGUGUCUUGAUGGUUACUUGCAGACAUCACAGUCUUGCCUCUGUUAUGUUUAAAUUUGUGUAACCUGACUGUUGUAUGCCUUUGUUCGCUAUUUAAGUGUGUCAUGAAAGCCUUCUUUGCUUUCAAACAAUCCACCUGCCCACAUCACAAUACCUCAGUGCAGUACUUCAUGUGUAGGAUAUGAAGGCUGAUUCUGAUCCUCUUAAUGUUUCUUACUCUACUGGUUUGUUCCGCUGCUGACUUGUCAGAUUCACUCACCACAUAGUUAAAAUAAGGGAUUUCAUCAGGUGUUAAAUGUAUAACUGGGGCAGUACAUCAUUUAGAUAAAAAUAUUAUUUCUGAUUGGUUAUGUUUAAUUGCGAAGGAACCAUGUCCGUGUUGUCUUCAAAGUUCUGUCUCCAUAUGAAAAUUUCCAAAGAAUUGUUUGACAAUUUUAAUUUAAACACUUACCUCAUUUUGGCCUAUGAAACUUAAUAAAUU